UAGAGCCUCAGAAUCAGAGUCUAGGAUGCCAGAGAAAGGAUGGAGAGGAAUCCCCAUGAAUCCUGGGAUUUUGUAUAAGGACAAAGGCUAAGAAGUAGAAAAUAAAGAGUGAAUUCCUGUCAACACUGUUGAAUCUGAACACCAUCCUAAGAAUGUCUCAUUUCAGCAAUUGGAAGGUCUCCCAAGUAAGCAAAAACUUGAUGUCAUAUGACAAUGUCAGAGUUUCCUGUGAGAGGAAGAAGUGGAAUAAAAAGCAAGAGGAUCUGCCUAAAGAGCAGCCUUCGCCUCACGGUCCGAUGCUGCAGAAGAGGAAAGGUGCCCAGAUCAUUGAGGACAAGAGUAAGGAGACAGGAGAUGACAAGACUGCUGAGGAAGGUCCUUCUCUCGGCAAGACAGAUCCACGAAAAGAUACCAAGGAUUGGAAGCUGCCGAUGGCCCUGGGACCUGUUUAUCCACCAUCAGUCUCAAGUCUGAGCACCACCAAAGCUGUGGGACAAAGCUGGGAAUUUUCUCCUCCGACAGCAAAGAGCUUCCGCAUACAUGAUGAGCACGUGGCCUGUCUGCCCCAGCAGGGCCCUUUCCGGCACUUCAUGGACAUGAAGGCGGAGAAGAGACUGGCUGGCUGGAAGGAGCGCCGCAGUCGCUACGGAGACAUCAACGUGCACAAGCGCUAUCAGUUUGGGAAGAUCUUCUCCCCUUUCCAGGCCCUGGCCACCACGCUUGCCUUUUGGUCCCUUAGAUGCUGACCUCACAUCUCAAACCAAAGGAAAUGUGGAAUGGGAAGACAAUAACAAGGCAAGAUUUGAAUUUUAACUACAGUUUCCUUGGGCCGGAUGGAUCUGUCCUUAAUUCCACUGUCCUACUAAUUGGUAGGUCACUGCUGUUAUGGUCAUUGCUGGCAUUUGGGCCUGGUCUGGUCUUGAUUUAAGAGAAGGAAAUAAGUCACAAAUCCUUAUGGGCAAAGAUAAUUGCAAUGGGACAUGUUGUUCCUAACCAAAGGCUUUUCUUCAUUGCCACUGGAUUCAGGAGGACUCUAUCUUGCCAGUAUCUACCACAGUUAUCUCCCCAAAGUGGGCAUCUGGGUCCUUGUCCUCUUGGCUUUUAAUGUGGCCAUCAGCUAAGCUUUGAAUUUCCCCUCUUCCACUUUCCACUAGAUAUUUCCUGAGGCUUAAAACAAGUUCUCCUUUAAAGUAACAGAUCUAAAUUGUCCAGAUAAAGGACUCUGUACUCGUCCAUUUGAAGUCUAAUUUUUCAAUUCAUAAGUUGAUGAACGUAGCGGUCCAUUAUUUCUACACAUACUUAUGUUGUGAACUGGCCUAAAGGACACGCACAAUUCGUAAGUUCUUUUUGUAGAUGAUGGUAGCUGCUAAAGAAGUUUAGAGUAGGGAAGGUUUAGCUAUUGCCUUAUAACCUUCCUGUCAAGUUAUAAGGAAAGAAAAUCUCAGAUCAAAUUCUUCCUGUUACAUGGACAUUUAAUCAACAAAUAAAUUAUUUAUUGGCAAGCAGACACAAAACAGUUCAUGCAAUCGUUCUAUAGACCCAAAUGAAGUCCCAGCUCUCUGUCUUUUGGGAGCUAUGAACACUACCUUUAUUAGAAAGGUUUAGUCAAGACAGUCACAACAACGUUCCAUAAGUAUGAUUCAGUUACUCUCAGUCAGACUCAGGCAACCAGAAACGUUCCAAAGUCAGAGGCUAAAUACAAGAUUACCCGCUGACCAGCCUCAGAUGCCCACUCUAAGAGUGCGGGCUACAACCUUGCAAGAUUUUCAUACCCUGGUUGUGGAAGGUAAUGGGUGUCUCCAAAACAUUUUAGCCAACACACAAAACCUGAAUACUUUCCUUUCUCCAAAGACAGCUCAUUUCUAACAAAUAUCAUGCUAAUUAACAAGCUAUGAUUUUCACCAAUAAAAGUAGUUCUAACAUCACUAUGUUAGCUAGCAAUUUCUGUUGUUUUCAGCCAGCCAGCCUGGAACAAUUUGUUCCAGAAGCCCUAGGAAACUAAUAAAGCAUUGAAGAGGAAACAUUCAGUUGUUGGUUGGCUCCAUGGAUCUGGAGCACAGAAGACUAGUAAAUGGACAGCAAGUGAACAAAGCAAAGAAGAUGGUAACAAAAGGUAAAGGAUGAGGCCACCUGGGAAAAAGUAUGCAGAGUGAGAAAAGAGCGUUGGACAGGACUGUAAGGAAGACCAAUAUUCCUGGUCAGAGGAAGAGUGGCUUGGAAAGGACAAGGAGUUUGGAAAAGAAAGAGAGAGGAACAAAUGUCCUUAAACACGUUAGACUAGCUCCAGGGAACACUCUGCGUCUGGAAACCUGCAAGGUAGAAGUGAGAAAUUUGAUGAGGAUGAAUUUAGGAAACCAGUAAAAUCAGGGCAGGUUGAGACUGGGAAGUUCCAGAGAUGGAAUGAAGAGAGUAAGAUCAGCCCCUGGGUGUGAUGGGGGGAGAACUAUAGCAACAACUGAGAGCUCAGGAUGCAGAGUGUGUGCUGGCAAGUAUGGCGGAAGUGACACAUUGAGAAGUAGAAGACAGGUUGACCAUCAAAUGUCAUAGUAGCACCCUCUUAGGAUGUAUGGAAUCGUAGCAAGCCCACAUCCACAGUACACGGUCAUGAAGAGCAAAUGAGAGCACGCCUGAGGCACACACAAUAGUCAUUUUUGCCAAUGCAGAACUAAACUCAAGGGGGUGAGUGAUGCUCUUGAGUUAUAACUAUUUAUGGACUUGUCUGGAAAGGUCCGUAUCUCUGAUAUCCCUUCACUUCUUUUCAAAAUGGAAUUCCUUUGAACUGACUGAAUUUAAUUCACUUGAUUCAUUUGUAUUAACAACCCCACACAGAUUUUGGAGUUUUGCUUUAUUCUAUUACAGCUUAUAAAAUGCUAACAAACACAGAUUUUUUUUAUAGUCUCCUAGCUGCUUUAUUAAAAAAUAGAAAAGAAAAGUUCUGCUGCAAACAGUCCUCAUUGAAUUUUGAUGAUGAUCCUAAAAUUUUCCCUCUGGUAGCCAAAAGUAAUUACACUCAGUUGGGGUGAAGGAAUCUUUGUUUUCUAAUUAUAGAACAGAUGUUUUGCAGAAGCAAUUACCCCUAUGCCACCAGUAGAAAAUAAUCUAACAAAUUGAUCUUUGAUUUAGGAAACAGCUGUGUGAUGCUGCCAGCAACAAACCCUUAUUAGGGAAAAAAAGAGUCAUCAUUUAUAUGGACCAAAUGCAUCUUAGUGCAGCUUUCCAUCCUUUCCCAGAAUUCUGAGAUUCCAGGAAUCAGGAGCAAGUGCCUGUCACUGCUGGUUCUGUGGAAGCAGGUAUGGGCUGGGGAUGGAAGUGAUAACACGUGAUCUUGGCAGAAGAGAGACUUCACACUUCUGUUGGAUCACAGGAUCUAGGAAAAUCUCAUGUAAUAUCUGCCCUUUAAGGUAUUGAGAACUUUCCAGAGGACGGUUCUGAUCAGUCAUUCACUUAAUAUUCAACUUUGUUGAGCAUCUACAAUCUCAGGCACAGUUAUCACCACCCUGCUCGAAAUUUUCAGUGGUUCCCCUGUUGCCAUUAAACUAAGCAUCAGCGCUACGCCUGGGAAUUGGAGACCCUCUGUGGAUGCUCCUAAAAUCCUUUUCCAGCCUCAGUUCCCUCUCCUCUGUGCUCCCACCAAGCUAGACCACUCACCAUUCCCCUAGCUCUCUCAGCUUUCCCACCUCCACUCCUUCUCAACCCAGCUGGACCUGCCUGGUAGAGGUAGUCCCACUUUAUGCAAGGAAUGUGUUUCUUUGAGUCACAUGUCUUAGGACCAAUUAUCCUGUAGCAACAUAUAUAAAGUUUGGAGUAAAUAUUCCCUGAACACAUAGAGCUACAAGCAAAUUUGUUCUUACAGACGUGUAGCCAUCAGUUUUUCCAUUUUCCCCAUUACUUUGUCCAGUACAGAAUUUUUGUGAACCUGAAGGUGUUCACACUGUAAAGUGCUCUGUUUUGUUUUUUCUCAACAUUAGCUAUAAUUUUGUACAGAGAAUAUUCUUCUACCUUACACUACAGUAUAUCAUAGCCGCGGCUGAUUCUCCUUCAGAGGGUCUCACCACAUAUAACUUCAUUCCAAAGUUAUUGAUUUUUUUAGACACAUUUUUCUAUAUCAGGCUGAGCACCAGCAAAUAAUAAAACUUCAGAUGAUGUUAUUAUGUAACAUCUAAAGAUUUUAAAUUAUUAAUAAUUGUAAAUGUUAAAAUAACAGCAUAAUAAUUACCGCAAUCAUUCACAGAAUUUCCAGUACCCAUAAACAACAGAUUGGCCUUUGGAAUAAUAACAAUAAUGACAUGGAAUAGCGGGAUUUUGUUUAACCAGAAAAAGAAGCAUCAACAUUCACUAAUAAUUUAAACACAGUUUAUUAUCCACUCAGCCCACUAGCUUGGAAAUUAUAUAAAGAAUUGUGUUUUUAAUUUGGGGAAUAAGAAUAAUUCCAAAUUUUGUGCAAUGAGACUUUAUUAAUAUUUCUAUACAUCAUAUUUUUAAAUUCCUAUAAUUCAAGUUUACACAAAAUGCAACAACUUUGAAAUUUCCUCCCACUAAUUUCCUCCCGCUUCUCCCAACAAUUUCUACCUGUCAAGUCUUACCAAUGUUUUGAGGCCUGGAUCAAACACCAUCACUUCUUUAAAAUAAGAAAAUAUUUUCCUAAUCUUCCCAACAUAAUUUGAUCUGCUUUUUGCCGAAAUCCACUAGCAUUUAGACCUACAUUACAGUACUAUUUUGAGGAGAUGCGUCUGCUUUUCUUAGCUUUUCCUAUCCCUUCCUAGACUAACUGUUCCUUUUGCAGGUGAACUGUGUCUUACCUUUAUGGCCCCUUUGAGGACCCAGCACAGCACUUCACAGAGGAAGUGUUGAAUGGAAGUUUGCUUUUAAUUGCAUCAAAUUGUAAAUCAACGUUUAUCACUUGUUGUCUCCAAGAGACCUAGCCUCAAAGGUGAUUCCUCUGGUUCAAUCCACCCUACCCAGAAAAUCAACUAUUUCCUAAGAAAUCAGAUUGGGUACUGGAUUAGUUUCCUAGGGCUGCCACAACAAAAUACCAAACGCCAGGUGGCUUCAAACAAGAGAAAUUUAUUCUCUCGCAGUUCUGGAGACCAGAAAUCUGAGAUCAAGGUGUCAGCAGGGUUGGUUCCUUCUGAGGGCUGCAAGAGGAAACUCAUUCCACGUUUUCUCGUAGCUUCGGGUGGUUUGCUGGCAAUUUUUGUUGAUCCUUUGCUUCUGCUGCAUCAUCCUGAUCUCUACCUUCAUCUUUACAUGAUGUUCUCCCUGUGUGUGUCUGUGACCAAAUUCCCCCUUUCUAUAAGAACACCGGUCAUACUGGAUUAGGGCCCACCCUACUCGAGUUGGACCUCAUCUUAACCAACUACAUCUGCAACAACUGUAUAUCCAAAUAAGGUCGUGUUCUGAGAUACUGGGAGUUAGGACUUCAACAGGAGAAGGUGGGUUGGGGUUGGGGGCACAAUUCAACUCAAAACAGGCACUCUUCUAUAAAAUAGCCAAAGGGGAAAACCUGAGAUCACUUUCUGGGACAAAAGAAUGGUUUCAUGGGUUGGCUUUCAAUGAGCCCUGGAUACCCUUCCAAGUGACUUCCCUGCACAGCAACUGGUUAUCUUUUAAAAUUAUGUAAAUUUAUGUUGCUCUGCUGGUUAAAGCUUUUAAUGAUUUCCUAUUUUAGUUGGAAUAAAAUCCACACAUUUUUCUAUGACCUAAAAGACUCACAUUAUUUGGUAUCCCCAUUUAAUUUUGCCCUUUCUUCCUCCUAGCUCAUAACAGUCCAGGCCUGUGGCCCCCAUGCAAUACUUGAAGCAUGUCGAGAUAUUUCUAGUAUUAGGGCCUGUGUAAUUGUUGGUCCUUCUGCUUGGCUUCUCCCUUUCUUCAGGUUUUCUUCAAAUGCCACUUUUUUGGACCUCCCAUCCAGAACACUGUGAUGGUCUUUUUGAUGUGUCAAUUUAGCUAGGCUACAGUCUCUAGUUCCUCAAUCAAACACUAAUCUGGGUGUUGCUGUGAAAGUACUUUGUAGAUGAGAUUAAAGUCCAUAUCAGUUUACUUAAAGAGAGGGCGAUUAUCCUGGAUAACCUGGGUGUGCCUGAUUCAAUCGGUUGAAAGGGCUCAAAAGCAGAGCUGAAGCUUCCAUGAAGAAAAAAGAAAUUCUGUCUGCGGACAGCAGCUUCAGUCCAUGCCCAGAGUGCCAGCCUGCCCUUCCUGAUUGGCUGCCCUACGGAUUUUGGACUUGCCUAGCCAGGGCCACAGUUGUGUAAGUCAAUUCCUCACCAUAAAUCUCUUAAUAUAUAUCUGGCACUGGUCCUGCUUCUUAGUGGAUAGGUUUGGGAAAUAUUUUGGAGGCACACCAAGAUAGACACCCCUACUUAACUAUCAGUAUUCAUUCUCCCCUUUCACUUAGCAACUUAGAGUCUUAGUUUUUUUCGAGGUAGGAAUAAGCCCUAUUGUAAUGCUCAUUAACCCCAGCUAUCCUGCUGCUGGAGUUGACCAUAGACAUGUAAGGGGAAAUUGCUGGGCAAGGAUUCCAGGAGUGCUCUUUCUAAGGACAGACUCAACUGGCUUGACUUUUUACACUUUUGCCCUUCCACCUUCUUCCUACCUAAACUAGGAAUGCAGUACAAGAUGGCACAGCAGCUGUCUUGCAACCAUGAAGACAAAAGCCACACACUAAUGUGUGUGCAUUUGUGUGUCUGUUUGUACUGAGAGAAGGAUGCCUAUAUGCAUAUACAUUGGCACUAAUAAAUGGAAUCCUUUACACAUGAAUGAAUUGAUUGAGUCUGGACUUGAGUUAUCAGAAGUAAAAGUUCUAGAAGUCGCUUCUCCUCUUCUCUUGACAAACAGAGCACCCAUUUGUCUUUUUUUAGCAAGGCUCAAUUAGCCUUGAUGUCAAGGUGACAAGUUAAAAUAUUCUGACUCCAUCCUUCAUGCUCAUAAUUCCUUUCGUGCAUUUGCAUCUCUAAGAAACCAGAUCAGAAUAAACAAACUCCUGGCAUUUUCUCAAAUUUUGGUCUCUGGCAUCUAUCUGUUGAUAAUUUCCAGAAGAGAUGGUGGAAAAAGAAGCAAUGGUUCAUUCUGGGUCAGCUUCCACGGCAACUGACUGAUGUUGGCACUGGAAUCCUUCCUCUGAUAAUGUCAUUAGAAAAGAGAGAAGUGUGGGGGGGUAAUGUGUAAUCCCCAUUUAUUCUGAAAGGAUGUGAGACACUCAACAGAGACGGGUAAAAUCUGGUGUUUUGGGAUUUUCUUUUCUUUCUUUUUUUGGCUUUGUUGGUAGUUUCAUUAGGAAGAUACCUCCAGCUUGUUUCAUUAAAGUAAAUGUCAAAGUGGCCUUUGGAAUAAUAGGACUCAGGAGUUCAUUUGUAGCAUCUCUUGUUGCGAAACUAGAAAUAUUGGCCCUAGAGAAUCAUUUGCUGCACCAGAUGUUUUUUUCUCUGGUUGCCCAAUUGUCAUCUUAUUUACCAAUGAGAGACUAGACUGCAGGAAAAGCAAAGUUUUUAAAAAGUGCAAAUUCUAGGGCUAAACCUUAAAGCAAUAAAUCAGAAACUUUAGGGGUGGGACCCAGGCACCUCUACGUGAUUCCAAAGACCUACAGCUCCUUCCUACUCCUAAGAGUCCAGGAUAUUGUGAUUUCUCCCGGAAGCAAACAAGAACAAGGCCUAAAGAAUAACAAAAGGCAAAGUGUGUUGAAAUUGGCUAAGUUCAGAGUUCCAUAUAAAACCUAAUGGUGUUGGGGAAUAUGCCAGAGAGAAAGCUACCAGCCUUGCCAUGGUUUAUUGGGGAAAUCAAGUCUCUUCACAUGGUAAAAUGUUUCAGGAGUAACAAAAAGUAACAUACAAUAGAAGAUAGAAAGUCAGCCAUAAAUGCCGAAGGUAUGAGUGGCAAAAGAAUAAUCAGAGUUGGGAGGAGACUGUUUCUUGCAAGAAAAUUAGUUUGGUUUUGAUAUUGGGAGACUACAUAUCUGCAUAAGUAACACUGAUUUGGUGACAGUUAUAUAUUAGAAUUAAUUAUUUUCAGCCCAUAAACGGAAGGAUGAAUGUGUGGGCAUAUAGCAUAUGAUGUAGCGUUUUCAAAGUGGAGGGAGAAAGAAAUCAUAUCUAGUAAUUGUGUUGAUGCUUUCUAUUUUGAAGAAGGAGUUAGAUCCCUCCCUCCCUUAUGCCAUAUACAAAAAUGAAUUCCAGCUGGAUUAAAUACCUAAAGAUAAACUACAAAAGCAGUAGAAAAAAUGAAAAAAUAUUUUUAUAGUUUUAAGGCUAAGAAAGCCUUCCUGAAUAAGACGUAAAACUGAGAAGGUGUAAAUGAAACAAUCUGACAGAUCUGACACCACAAAAAUGAAAACUCAGCACUGCAAAAGGCACCAUAGACAAAGGUAAGAACAAACCAAUAACAGCCUGAAAGAAAAUACUUUCAGCAACUAUAAUAUACAAUGAAAUAAUAUCCAGGAUGUAGUUACUGCAAAUCAAUAAGAAAUGGAAAAUAUCUCAACAAACAAACAAAACCAGGUGAAGGGUAGAACAGACUACAGGAAAAGAAAAAGGAAAAAAUCAUGACAAUUAUGAAAAUAUGCUAAACCUCAUUUAAACACUAAAGGUAUAAAAAUUAUUACAGCAAAUAUUUAACAAAUAUUGAUCAUACCCACUGUUGGCGAGAAGGCAAGAUCGAAGACACCCUCAUAUGAUUGUAAACCCAUAAAUUAGUUAGUUAAUUAAUACCUAUAUAACUGGAAUCAGAAAUUCCAUUCUAAGAAUCUAUCCUCAGAAAAUGCCAGUGCCAGUACUACAAAGAUGUGUGCAGAAAAAAGAAAAAGUCCACUUCAGAAUUGUUUGUAAUGGCAAAAAAACUGGAAGCAUCUUAAAGAAAAAUUCUUGGUCAAUGGGUAGGAACUUUCUCUCUGGCCUAUUUCAAAAUACUCUGUACAUUUUCUACAUAGGACUUAGGAUGAAAGUAUUCAAACAAUAAUUAUUCGUUCAACAGUGUUGUAGCUGUGCUGCUGCUAUGGAAGUUACCUGAGGGCACAGCCCAUACCUGGCCUUGGCCUGACAGUCGUUAUGGAAUGAAUGAAACUUUUCAAGCCUUGACCAGACACCCAGUUCUGCUGAAAUAAACAGCUUCAGCUAUUCAUGAAAGUGUGAGCCUCCUAAAAAGACCCUGCCUUGUCUAAUGAACAUGACAUUAAGUUAGGAAUUAGAUGACAAGUUAAAUUGCACCCAUAACUCACGUCACCUCGAACAAGUCAUUUAACCUCCCUGAUCGCCAAUUAACACAUUUGCAAAAUGAGGAUAAUAACGUCUGUCCUUCUAAAGGACUGCUGUGAGGAUUAAUGAAAUAGCCUAGGAGGUCGAGCUUUAGCUCUAUGUAGACCUGGAGUAUUAUCAAGACUGAGUAUUUCAUGCCAUACAAUGAAAAUUGAAAGAUACUCGUGACAGCUAAUUGCUUCCUUCCGUUUCUCCAGGUUCUUAGAAACACUUAGCAUUUCACCCUAUCCCCGCACAGACAUAGCAGAGCCAAGAGUAACCGGAAUGGGGAACUCAUUACAAGCUCUCAGGAAAAAGGGUUAUGCUUCAGGAAAGGAAACAAAUGCUUACUGUUUUGUUUCCGUCUCAAACAUGGUGCUGGGGUUUUAACAUAAAUCUAAUCUUCACGUCAUCUCCUGAGGACGUGUGGUGAAUACUUUUCAGGGAGAAGGUCCAACAUCCUAUGACCUGGUCAUCUUGCCCCGUUUCCAGAGUCACGGACCCCUGGAAGCCAUUCUGUACAAUGAGAUCCCACCCCCUGGUCACAGAUGAUUGGUCCAGAAAGGGGAAGCUUGCCCAAGCUGGUCCAAUCAGAGUAUCUCUUCUAGGAACUUGGACAAGGCCAGCCUGUCUAUUGACUGAAGUCGUACACGUCAAUGCUGAAAUGGUGUAACAACCUUCCUCUUUACAGUUAUUAAAAGUGGUAUUUUUGCAUUCCAUUGAGUCCCGUCCUAACUCAUAGGAAAGAAUUUAUCAGUGGAGGUUAGAUUAAAAUCGUAACCUGUUAUGUAUUUCUGGCUUUGGUCUCUUUCUCUCUCCUUUCCUCUCUCUAGUAAAUCUCUUUGUAAUCACGCACACAAACAAAGGGGUAGAUAAAUUCACAAAACAUUAGUACUUGUCAUGAACAAUUUCCCCCCUCUGCUGUACAAGGUGAAAAAAAAAAACAAUAGCUUUCUCAUCCACACCACUCCACACACACACACUCUCCGCCAGCUGUUGAAAUUUUAUAAGCCAACAAAACAAGCUUGUGGCUGCACAAAACAGCAGCAGAAGAGGAAGACAAAUCACUUCCUGGGCCAACAGCUCCCCGGAUGCAAUGAAGACCAUGGUGUGGCUUUUUUUGUGCACUCCAGGCAGGCUUGUUGUAGCAGGUAACACAUGGUGCAGAAGCUGUGUGAUCUGUGGCACUUCAGUCAAUAUGAGAAACAAUUUGAAGAAGACCUGUGUCACCAAUAUGGAAAGUCCCCAAACAAGUGUUUUAAAAUAAUGACUUUAACAGCCAAGUUUAUAGAUAUCCUUCCUACCCUCCCCUCCCCCCGCCCCAUAAGUAACUGAGAAGCCAGCCUGGAGGGUGGGGUGGGAGAAGAAUGAAGAAUUUGGCAAGAAGAAAGGAGAAAAAAAAGGAGAAAGCAUUGUUCCUGGGUUUCUGAUGGCUUUCCCGCUCCCAGUUCCUUUUCUUCUUAAGUUACGUGAGACACCCCAGCAGCCUUAAAAUAAAUUCCCUGGUGUUUUGCUAAAGUUGACUUGAGUGAAUUUCUGAUAUUUGUAAUAAAAGAAGUCUAAAUAAUACUGAUAGAUGUUACUACCCCUCCAUUCCAAUCAGGAAACUCAAGGUCAAUGAAGAUAAGUAACUUGCCCAAGGUCAAAUUGUUUUCCUUCCAAGUUUAUCUAACUCCGAAACCCAUGUUCUUUCCUAGAGCUGAUGAGGACAGGAUGUGUCUGAGUCGAUGGCAGCCAGAAUUAUCAGGGUAUACUGUCUUGUUGAUUUCCUUCUUGGUUCUCAGCAAGAAGUUAACUAAUGAGAGAAUCUCAUCCAUUCAUUGCUCCUAUGCUCCCUUAUGAUUCAUUUAUCUUCCCAUUUUCCUGCUCAGGACUAGACCUCCAUUCCCAGCCACAGCCCUGAGAUCUCUAGCUCACGGCAGGUCGGCGGGUCAGUGAGAGAGGAAUUUGGGAAUGAGAGCUUUGGUACAUCACCUGUCAGACUUGAGGCCGGAAAGGGUGCUACUGUUUACUCCUGCUUUACAGGUUCCCCCCACUAUCCGAAAGUUCACUUUAAUUCACUUUAUGCCACUUCGCUUUUACUAAAGACCUACGUUAGCACCUGUUUUCACUAACCGAAAAAAAUCCCAAGGGGAUUUUCGCUUUUACAAAAAAUGUGAAAAGUGAAAAUAGCAUUCAGCAUUUGUUUCCCAGCGAGCAGUCAUAGAGGCAGCACGCACCCCCACCAGAGAGAGUGGCGCCACCAAGCACCUUCCCGGGGAACUACUCCCAGCAUCUCAGCAUCAAGCCGCCACAGCUUUGAACUGUGGCCAUGAGCAUCUGUGCCUUAUCUUGAUUUAUUUUGGUAGGAUAUUUUGGGAGUCUUGGAACACUCAAAAACUUUUUCUAUAUAAAUUGGUGGCAAUUUCUUCUUCGCUUUAUGCCAUUUCAGCUUACGAAAGGUUUCCUAGGAACACUCUGCUUUCGGAUAGCAGGGGAAACCUGUAUUUGAUUGUGAACUCAAAGAUUAAAAAAGCAAGGGGUGAAUUUAAGUCCUUCCAGUCUGCCAAAGGUCAACACACUCAGUCUUCCCUCCCACCUUGCCUCACACACAGGCAUUUCUGAAAUGGAGGAAGUGAGCCCUGCCAUUGAACAGAAUUGAUGUCUUUGAAUUUUCCUUAUCUUUGUAAAAAGAUAGGGGAAUGAAAGUAUCUAUCACCCAACAUCCUCCCAUCCUAGUGCUGUCAGUGUUAGGAAUUUGGCACAUUUUUUGCCAUAAUUUUUCUUAUGUAUCUGCUUCAUAUAAAGUUGUUACCAAGGUGUCUAUGAAAUUUUGUAACUUUUUUUUACUUAACAUUAUAUCAUAAGCAUUUUCCAUGUUGCUGCAUGUUCCUUACAACCAUAAAUUUAAGGAUAGACAAAUCUUAAGAUGGUAGCAUAAUUACGGUGGACAUUUGCAGGGGGUUCUUCGCUACCCUGCAUCUAGCCUUCUUCUCUCUAAAGGCCGUGUGCUCAUUGUUAGGAGCUGAGCCAAAUAUUUGCUCUCCUCACUUCCUGGAAGCCAAGACAUGGGAACAGCCUCUAAAUUCAGCCACACAAUGCUUUAAGCCUUCUGAGAGAGAUGCAAAGGUACAGGAAGAGGCAACACUAUUCACUGUCACAGAGGUGGCACUGAAGGUCCAGCAAUGGUAGCUGGGAAUGUAAAAUGAUGGUGAUGCCAGAAGCAGUGUCAUAACCAGGCCAUUCCUGGGGCAUGACCCUUGCCCUCUUCCCCACACUCAGUCUCCCUUGAUUCCUGUCAUUUCCCAUCCAGGUUCUCCCUCCUCCCCCAAUCCAGAAUCAUCCCCAGUGGAUGGAUGAUUCUGAGAACUCUCUGAUACCUUUACAAUAAUUUCCUUGCCUGCUUACAUUAGCCAGAGGCAAUUUCCAUUUCUCACAACCAGGAAUUCUGACUAUUCUCCAUGUUUGGACAGUUGAGUUAAUUCAUUCCAUUCAGUCAACAGCUAUUUAUUAAGCCUCUACCAUGAGCCCUAUACUAUUCUUGGAACUAGAAAUAUAAUAUUAAGAAUUUUUUCUUUUUUAAAAUCACUGCUCACAUGAAGCUUACUCUCUAGUGGAAUUGUAGUGUAAAUUUAAUGGAAAAUAAGGUUGUUUUGAAAUUGCAACUGUUAUUGUUAAAGUUGAGCAAAAUUUAGAGUGAUGUAAAUAGUUGAGGAGGGGUGUUUCUAAGAUUCCAGAUGGUUGAGCCAUAUAUAAACCCUAGUCCAGAAUGGAAAGCCUGCAUACCUUUGCUUGCUUUAAGCUCUAUAUGCCUCUCACUGAGAUUAUAGCUCUGUCAGAACAGGCACAUAAUAGAUCCUCCUUAAUUAGUGCAAAUUAAAAAGAAAGAGGACAGAGAAUGUCUCUGUACCCUAGCCCAGAGCUGUAUACAGCUCUUAGAACUGUAUAAGGCUUCACAUCAAUAGAAAACUAAACCCAUGUCCAGUUCUUAAUUAGGAAAACAUUGGCUCUGAGAGAGAAAGACUGGAUGGUUCAGAAAUGGCUUAAUCAUUCAGCCCAGGGCCCAGUCAUUCUCUAUCAUUCAAGCUGUCCGUUCCUAUAGUUCCCUAAGGAGAACUAGACUGCUUCAGCUGUGGGUGGAUG